GUCCUGCUUCCAUGUUAUUGUCGUGGACCAAUCAUGGUGCACACCAGAUGGGAGUAACAAGGAAGGAGGAGAGAUGAAAUACCAACACAAGCCCAUCGGCAAGGGAGGAACAGAGGUGUUCCCUUAGAGAGAGCCGCAACGGUACGAAACGAUGGGGCAUGCAACCAGCAGGAAGGACUUUUUCGCCACCCCCCUAUUCGACAGCGUUGUUGCCGAGGGAGGGCGGAAUUCGCUAAUCGCGGAGCACUUCGCAAAAGAGCUUCCGGGCAUCGUUGCGUCGCGCCGGCCACCACGGACCGCAACUGGGACCUGUCUGCUGGCCGACGUGGGCGAGGAUAUCCUCGGCCUCUUGCAUAUAACAUGCCGUCUCGCAGAGAGGGUCGUCGGCGGAGACCUCGUCAGCAGAGUCGUCGAGAACCAGCUGGAUUAUCUGGUGCACGGCGACAAUGGGAAGCUGACCAGAUACUUGGAUGACAAGCAUACCACUCUGAAGGCCAUUGUGACAAGCUUAGAAGAUGUGACGAGGAGCUGUGAACAAGCGUGGGAUGAGAGUCCCCUUCAUCCCAGCCUCCACUGCCAAGAGACGGGGCAGAACGAAGUUCACCCUGGAUACGGGGUCCCCGCUUCGUCCAUGCCGACUGCACCUUCGUCACAACUCUCAGGUAUCGUAGACGGCGACUCGAUGGACACCGAUUCCGCCGGGCUCGAUGGCCCUGAUGGGGCGCGAAAGGAGCUGGAAGAGCACCUAAGGUCGCGGGGCUCUGGGACCUACACUUGUACCUUUGGCAUGAGUUGCAAGAAAGGCGGUGUCGAGGACGGCAAGCUGAGAGUAUUCAAGCGAAAUAGCGAAUUCAGAAUGCACAUGGAACGGCAUGACAAACCAUACACAUGCGAUCUACCUGGAUGUCCCAACGGGAACAAGGGGUUCAGUAGACUGGAUCUUCUACAAAGGCAUAAGAAGAACGUUCGACAUAAAACCAACGUGCCUUGGUCCAACGAGACAAUUCAAAAGUACCAAGCAAAGUCUUCUUAUUAAUAUCAGUUGCUGGAGUAGACAAUGCUCUUGUAUAGACAUUAGACUUCAACCAUUCUCAGCACUUCUCCUUUCAAUCUCUGUAUGCAGGAACUUUCUUGCAGGUUGCAGAAUUCGGAUUCUUAAAAUCGUCUUAAUGUGCCCCCCUAAGCAGAGAGAAUGUUGCUUUAUAUAAUUAGUUAGCAAUAGGCAACAAUUACAUGCCCUAUUAGGGUAGUUGGCUUAAUCAUAUUAGUCGAGGUUAGCUUAGCGAUAAGAACAAUAGAG